GCAGCCGAAGCACACUUCUGUGACGCAUGCGCUGUGAUAUAAACACAGAUGGAGAAAAAAACUUGCUAGGCUUUGCGGUGGGAUAUCUGAAACAAACGAGGUCACUGUAAGCUUAAUGACCAGUAAGGAACUGCAGGAUGUACACAUAUUUGCGUUUUGAUUGAAACACGGUGUUGAGGGUGUAGGUGAGUGACGCCAAGGCGUGGUUCACAUGACAGCGCGAGACCCUGGAAUUCCAGCAUGCGCCAAACACAGCAAACACGGCACGUCCACCAACAAACCAACGCGCAUCGCACCCGAUCUACUCAACACCAAUCCCAAUCCAGUCGCGAAGAUGAAGGACGUAGAAGAUUUCGAUCGCGUUUUCCAGGGGCUCUACUACAAAGAUGGUCUAAUUUCAGAAAUCCAAUCCUUCAGGGCUGCACUCGGUGGACGCACAUUCUUUGAGCGGCUACUGAUGCUGCUCAAGAUCAAGGCCAGCAAGAUGUACCCGCCGAAGGGCCCCGAGCAACUCCAUGAGCUGCACCUGCGCAUCGUCACCGCCGAAACCACGCUACACAACAAGCACUGCCUAGUCUUCUAUCUGCUCAAAGACCUGUCUGGACAACACCAUGAACCUACAGAGCUCUCCGAGGCGUUCGCUAAGGAUGUACACCUCGAGAAGCGCUUCUGGACGUUUGUUGAAGGACUCUGGUACCUCGACCAUUUCCAAUUCUCCACCGCAGUGGAACGUCUCACAUACCCGAGCAUAAUACCGACCUUCCCCGACGAGAUCAUGCAUACGCUGCUGACAGGAAGGGACAGGCUGAAUAGCCUCGGCAUGUCCAGAGACCCCAAAGAUGAUAUACUCGCACUCGCAUACUACAACUGUGUAAAGCCACCGCUAGAAGACGCGGGUGUCAGGAACGAGUUCGCCAAGUACCUCACAGAUCGCAAUGUGGCGGAGAUGUACGAUUGGAUUCACAGCCGGCCAGAGCACGAGCAGAAGCCGUUGUUGGAGAUUCUCAUUGAGCAGACAUUAGAGAAGAACGCUUGGGUUGAGGGCCCAGAACGAGACCUCUACACGCGGGAGGCCAAAUGUUUCGAGCUAGUCAGCUUGCCUUUUACCACAGAAGAAGAGGAAUUUAUCGAGAAGUUCCUCACAGAAGGCCGGGGUCGGACGUUCCAAGGCGCACAAGAUCUCGUCAUGAUGCGCAGGAUUGCUACAGGGAAGCUGGCUGAUGUCGCAGCUGAUGCGGGUAUUCGCGGAAAGAGGGUAGAUGGCAUUAACUGGGAGGUUUUGAAAGAUGGCGUCAAGCGAGGACUGGGGCCUAGAAAGGACGAGCAUGGCUUCUCUGUUUGAGGCAGUGAGGAAUAAAAAUCAGAUACCAUAUGCAUAGGGAAAGGCGUUCUAACUUGUUUGUACCUGGUCAACCCGAGAUGGACUUUGAACACUACCACCUGAAUGUAUGAUCGCGUUC